AGAACUUUUAGCAAUGGGGACAUAAACUUACAUAACUUCAUAAUUGGCAGCAACGAAAUGAAUAAUAAUAAUAAUAAUAAUCAAGCAGUAGACAUGUCUAAAGAUCAAGAUAAUGAAACACAAAAAAGUUAUAAUUACAAUUCGAAUAUAAAUGAGCCAAUUCAAGAGCCUUCUAACUUUGAACUAGAUAUUUUUGGUGAAGAUGAUAACGAAAUUAUGCAGUUGAUAAAUGAAGAGUCUUUGUGGAAUACGAAUUUAGUAAUUGAGACAGAAGACAAAAAUAGCUCUAUUAAAGUAGAGAGCGAAUUACUUAAUAACGAUAUACUACAGAAGAACAAUGAUAAAUUGAAACAAUUGAAAAAGAAUGUAGAAAGUAAAGAUUUAAAUUCCAUAAACAACAACGAGAUUGAUGCAGAAGAUAUAGUUGAAAUGUUUCCUGAUGCUCCUGAUUUUUCAAUGGAUGAAUUACCGAUUUUCUCAAAGGAACACAUAGAUCAACCAAAUAAAAACGCCAUAUUAGAAAAGAAUGACGAUUCUAAAGAAGUCGAGAUUCAACAGACAACUGAAUCAUUAAAAUCUAAUCAAGCUGAUCUACUUGAUCCAACUGAUCUACAGUUUGAUGCCGAAAGUUUACAAACUUCAGAGGACAAAGACAAUACAAACAGUAAAACUAUAGAUAGUUCUGCUCAAAGUACAAGUAGAAUCCCCAUACGAAAGAUAUCAUUAAGACAACGAAAUGCUAUUCAGCUUCAUCCUUUUACAUUAGAACAUGUUCAAUUUCGUAAUCUUAUUAGUAAAUCUGCUUUGAAAGGAAAAAUAAAUGAUGCCCAGUUAAUUGAUAUACAGCCAGAUGAUGAAAUAUUAGCAUCGCAAUAUGUGCCACCAGAAGAACAGACAUUAAAUAUUAAGCAUAAAACUAAACGAACUUCUGCUCCAUCAAAAAAUGCGAAGCGAAAACAAACAAAGCAACUUCCAACAUUAUCAGAGGAAAAGUUUGAACUUGAUUUAGAUACUCAAGAUCUUGAAAAAUACGGAUUAGAUCAUUUAAUUUUGCCAUCUUCUUUAAAAGAAAAAUCGAACAAGAAAAAGAAUAAAAUAAUUACAUUUGAUAAAAAGAAAGGCUCUAGAAAAAAACGCUCAACAGCACGAAAACCUUUAAGAUUUUCAAACCCAUUAAAUAAAGAUAUAUUUGCAUUUGAUAUUAAUCCCCAAUCCAAUUUUAAUUUAACAGCAGCGUCUAGUGCUCGUACUCAACCAAAAACAAACGAUGUGAGUAUAACUAAGGCAAAAACAGCAAAUGACUUGGAAACCCCAGGGGCGGAUAUAUUUGAUUUUGAUACAAGUUAUUCUCUAUCUACAAGUACAACAACGUCAGAUAAUGAAGAUGAUAAUGGGAGUGAUGAUGAUAUGGAUGAGCCACAAUUAAAUUUUAGUUAUCGACUUAGAAACAAACGCCAUUUAGGGCUAAAUAGUAGUGAUGAAGAUGAUGUUGAAAUGGAAAACAGUAGUGAACAACAUAAGAAGAAUCGGGAGUUAACGAAAAAAGAACUAGAUGAUAUGUUUAAAUAUCCUAGCACUUUAUCAAAGCUAAGCUCUAUUAAACGUCUUCCCAGAAAACCCAAUCAUGACAAUGAUGCUAUUCCAGUUAUUGCUGAUGAAUUUGAAUAUCGAGAAAAUAAACGACGACGUAUUAGACUAAAAGAUAUGAUCAAGAAAAAGAAACUUUUGAAGAGUGUUUUGCCUGCUUCCUUUGUUAAAAUCUAUAAAAAGGAGCUGUUGGAAGAGGAUAAGCUUCUUAAAUCAGAAAAACAGAGUUCAAAGUCGGCAAUGAAAUCGACAACGAAAUCUACAACUUCAACAAAUGUAUCCGGAAGUUCCUCUGUUUUGGAAGCUUCAAAAGCAAUCAAAGACAAUGAAAUAUCUACAAUAUCUUUUGAAUCUCAAAGUGAUGAAGAAGACAAGAGCUCUGAUGAUAUGCAAGAUUUAUAUACAACCACUAUGGAUGACUAUGUAAUAAAAUUGGAUACUCAGUCAAUAAAGGAUUCCAACCUGUCUCAUAUUAAAUCUAACGAAUUAUACAUUCCACCAAGGUAUUCAUUUACAUCUAGAAGGAAUAUUUUUUCUAAAGACGAUGACAGUAGUAAAGACACACGUAAAAAUAUGACUAUACAGGCAGGGACUAAUCAAACUUCGUCUAAUAUCCCUACAUCAUUUGUAAAUUCAGAUGCGAAUAACACAGUAUUUCAAGCUUCUAAUAUUUCAGUAAACUCUAAUCAAUUACACCCAGAUAAUAGAUUAGAUGUAAUAUAUCCAUUAAUGAAAAGAAAUACUUCGAUGGAUAAUUUACAUGAAGAGCCAAUAGAGGAUAAUAGGGUAAGAGGAUUUGGAUAUCGUACGUCUUCUAGCAACAAAAAGAACCCCAGAAGUGGGAAAUCUAAGUCUAGGAAUAAUGCUAAAAAAAUAACACCAAAAUCAUCAAUUGCAAUUGAGAAACCAACUAAUAUUACAUCUUCGACUGUGCAAUCUAUUUCCAUUAGAAAUAAUCCCGCUCCACAACGUCGAAGAAAGCGUCCAAAGCGAUGUAAGGAUGAUAUCUAUAUUCAUGCACCGUCUCGAAUUUGGAAUGAUAGAUCUGGUCAGAUGCCGGAUACUAAUAGACGUAUGUUUUUCAAAGAUUUUGAUCAUUUACCGCGUAAGGCCUUUGAUGAUAUUUAUGUUGGUACACAACAUACAGCAAGAUAUACACUUGUGGAUAAUUAUAAGGGCUCUAGUUUGACUAGUGCUAUAGAAGAUCCUUUACAAAUGAAGGGACAUAUAAUUGAUAUAAAAGCUAACUUACCCUUAGUUUACUCUCUACAAAGUGUUGUUAAAAGAAUAAAGCAUCUCUAUGAUUAUGACUUACAACGAAUUAAGGGAUUAAAAGAUACUGUAUAUUUGCAUCAUCAAUUACUUGCGCCGCUCCUAUCAGCAACACCAAAUUUAAAGUCUGCCUAUCGUAAAUUUAGAAAGACUUAUGCAGAACUCAACUUGUUUAAGAAGCAUCUUCUUUGGACCAAUAUUACUAUGGAAGAAAGUCACAUUAUCGACUACAUGUUCUUUAAAGUCUCUCGUGAUAUACUUUUGGCAUGUUCAAAUAAGAAAGAUAACGAAAAGGAUUUACCUGGUCAUGAUUAUUUUUAUACCUUUGUUUCUAUUUGUCUCACUCAAUGGAUACCUCUUCAUGCAUAUGAAAGCCGUAUACAACUUACUGAGUUAUUUAUGAUACAUAUUCGAAGUCUAGCUUGGCAAAUACUUAGAUUAGUAGAUGAAUAUUCUCAGUUAACACUACCAUGGCGCUCAAUUGUUAAGCUUUUAAUUUAUAUACUGGACUGGACCUGUCGAUUACAUCAUUUAGGAGUACAUCCGAUAGAUUGGUCUGUAACAGAAUGUACACAAAUUAUAAUGGAUAUUCUUGUUUAUAUUGGAUAUGAAUCUAUACGAUUCAAUUCUAACACGAAAGACUAUUUAGUGGAAGCUUGGAUUUUUUUAAUUCAGAUCAUGUCUGUAUCUUCAAAAGAAAGUGGUUAUUAUUUUUAUGAGCAAGUCUUUAUUGAUCAGUUAAUGGAUAGUAUUAAAAGAAAGUCAAGGGCAUCUGAUUCGUACGAAUUUGAGAAGAGAAAAACAACCCGAUUAUGGGCAGAAACAUUAAAUUAUAUUCUAGAUACUUAUAUGAUGUAAAUAUUUAAAUAGAAAUCAGUUUUAUUUAAUGAUAAUGACAAAAAUAUGAUUCCUUUUGUAUGUUACAUACUUUUUUUUUUGAAGCUUAUCCAACCUGUUUUAUUUUAUAUAAAAU